GACUGGACACCCCCCCACGCUGAAGAACACCAAAUUUCCAACUGCGACCUUUCCUUCCGUCCCCACAUAUCUUACCGUUUUUCGUCUCUUUUCCUCCGAAACCUCCCAUUCCCUAAAACCCCACACCGACCACACGGCGGAGAUCUUUCGUCGGAAUCCAUGGCCUCCGCAUUAGCAAGAAACGGACUCCUAGAAACCCAGUGGCACCACCAUCCCAUACACAGCAUAUGGAGGAGUAGUUUGAGACGCUCCAUACCCGACCCAGUUACAGCCCCCAACAAUAUUGGUAACCACCUCCAUCACCCCAAAAGCUUUUCCCGUUUUACACACUCUACUUUCCGCAAGGCGAAGGAGCCUGAGUUUUCCGCUCCUAGAAUGCUAUCUUCUCGUUUCUCUUCGAGGGCAUCAUCGUCUCCCCAGAAAUCCGGGUUGGUGGGGUGGUACUUGGGCAUGCUCAAGGCCCGACCCAUUUCCACCAAAAGCAUCACCUCCGCUCUCAUUUACACCGCGGCCGAUGUAUCCUCCCAGACGAUUGUAGGGGAGAGUUCAGAGCAGUAUGAUCUGAUUAGAACUCUGCGGAUGGCUGGAUAUGGAAUGUUGAUAUUAGGGCCUUCAGUGCAUUAUUGGUACAAUUUUAUGUCGACAGUUUUCCCUAAGCGUGAUCUUUUAUCGACGCUUAAGAAAAUGGCGUUGGGGCAGACUUUGUAUGGGCCUACCAUGACUGUUAUAUUCUUCUCUGUGAAUGCUGCUCUGCAAGGUGAAAGUGGUUCAGAGAUUAUUGCAAGAUUGAAACGUGAUUUGCUCCCUACAAUGAUUAAUGGCAUUAUGUACUGGCCACUUUGCGAUUUUGUGACAUUCAAAUUCAUCCCUGUUCAUCUACAGCCACUGGUAGUCAACUCAUUUUCGUACCUAUGGACGGUUUACAUAACUUACAUGGCGGGCUUAACAAAAGUUGGUGCCAGUUGAGGAGCUAUUGUUCGCUGAUGGCAUAUGACUGCCAAUCCUGUAUUGAUUCCCCAGCUUGUCUCGGUGGGAAGCGGAAUGGAUCUGCAAAGCAAACUCACUAAAUCCCUUGCAAGCUACCAUGUAGUGCUUGUGCCAAAAGCAGGAGCAAUAUGCUAAGGAGUCCUCAUUUCUUUAAGCAGAGUAGUCAAUAGUAAUGAUCUCCGAGUUCUUUACAGAAACUAGUGAUAGAGAUUAUGAAGUCGCUGGUUUCUGUUCCUCAAGGGCAGCAGUAGUUCUUGAUGAUACUAGUUUAUUUUGUCAUCCAACUAGAGGCAAAUUUGUGCUCCAGGAGAGCUAUUUCUUGUAUAUACUGACUCUACUCAUUAGUAGUAACCACCUUGAAUUAGCUAUUCUGCUUUCUUGAGUGUAGCUAAAUCGUAUACUGACAUUUGCCCGGAUUGCAGCAGAUUGUGUUCGCUCCCCAGUAUUGAUGAAGUAAUUGUUUCUCAAAAUCAUGAAUUAGACCUUUUUCAGUCAUUUUCUUUGCACGAUAAUUGUCAAAUAGCUACCUUCCGAUUUAGGAGCUAAAGGGGAGGCCUCAGCUAACAAAAUGAGCGACGCACGAAAGUUCCUUUGAUCUGUUCCCAAGAUUGUGAAAACUAAAGAAUGCCAAUCCAAAAGCAACUGACAUUUUGAUAUGUGGUGGCAAAAUCAGACCCCCACUAGUUGCAGCAUAACCUAAAUGAUGAGGGUGUUCAGCCAAAAUGUACUCUGGUUCUUGAAUUUACAGAAACGUGGGUAUCGGCCUUUCAGACUCGCAGGAAUCUGCAGCAGCUUCUACAAGCAAUAUCUACUAAAACUAUGUAAGCCAUCUAAGGUGCUCCACAAAGCAAUUCCUAUAAGUAAAAACAAAUAAUCUGAUAUUCAUAAUGUUAUGAGAUCAGAUUUCUCUUUGUACUCUUUUUUUCCUUUUUUCUUCCCCUUUUGUAACCGAAGGUUAAGUAGCAUAAUAUUCUUACAACCACAAAGUGGUCAAGACAUAGAAUGCUUCUUCUCAUUGUGAAACCAACAUAUAGUACAUAGCAAUUUGAAAAAUUAUAUCAAACUCUAAAGGCAACAAAGUGCUAACACUAUCAAAUGUGUAAAAUUGCUUGUAUAAAUCUUCCCCUUCCUAGCAGUGAAUGCAGUUGACAUCUAUCUACAUGCAGCCAGGUACCUUGAUUUCCUGCACUGUUCACGAAUCAUGACUUAUUCUUCGGGAAUUCCAGUGGAUACCAUGUUAGAACUAGAAGUGAAUGUUCAGAGCAGGUCGUGACAUCAUUUGUUCACUGAGUUACUUCCAAAUUGUGCCGUUUACUCCCCUAAGGCGUAGUGGCAGAUCUUCUCAAGCUGUAUCGACCAAUCUUCCCCAAGUAUACAAGGAUUUGACUCCA